GUAAAAUAUUUUAGUCAAUCAUCCACACCCACGUCAAAGUCAAUUUCACCACCACCAUAUCGAAUACUAUUUUUUGGAUCAGAUGAUUAUUCGAUUGAAUCAUUAUUAGCUUUAGUCGAAGAAAAAU